AACCAAGCAGCAGAAAGACCACGGCAGAGCCAGGGAAACAUUUCAAUGUGAUCCCAUCUCACAGUUAAAAGCCCACAGCCAUCUCUAACGACCAGGGAAUGUACUGCAGAUUGCGAGUUGCUGUAAAUGCCGGAAUCACAGUUUGGCCCUGAAAGGAAGACUUGCUGACAGGCUUUGCAUGUCAAGCAGCUGCUGAGCUACUUGAUGGUUUAUGAUUUUUCAGCACCACUGGGAAGCAGGCAGCCCAGGAAGCCACGAAUGAUGACUCAGAGGGUCUGUUUUAACAUGAUGGCAUGAUUCUGAGGAUCUGUGCUUGGAAUCUGUCACACAGAGCGAUUUUGGUAUUUUAAUGGGAUCACUGACGGGAAAUAUCAAGCCAAACUGGAGAAAGUCACCUGUCAGAUCCAAAUGUGGAUGAGUUCAUUUUCCAGAGAAAAUCUAAACACCUGUUAUUUUCUGAGCUGGAGCUACAAAAAAAAACUGUGUAGUCUGAUUGACUAAACAAAAUCCACUGUGGAUAUGGGCCACUGAUACAAUUUGUUCUGCUGACUCACCAUAAUUAAUACCUAACCUAAAAAACUGCCAUCAGUAUUUUGCUGGAGAAACCAACUUGUUGGAUUCACGAAGGGAUACAUUUUUUUUGACACACGGCAUAUCUAUAAAACGUGAAAGACUUUUUUUGUUACAAAUUAUUUUGCAAUCUGUAUAUUAUUCAACAUCACACUGCACUUACAAAGAUGGCUGUUGUCAUCAAGAAGAAAGGUCAUUUGCUUUGGUUUGGCUUGCUUUUUGGAUGCCUUGUUAACCUUGGGGUCAGUUUAGAAUUUACUGGAGCUGCAGGACAGUGGGCAAGGUUCCCAAAGUGGAAUGCAUGCUGUGAAAGUGAGAUGACUUUUAAUAUGAAGACCAACAUUUCCAGUAGUCUACUGGUUUACUUUGAUGAUGAAGGAUUCUGUGAUUUUCUAGAACUUCUAAUUGUUGAUGGAUACCUUCAACUUCGCUUUUCAAUUUUCUGUGCUGAACCAGCUGUUCUACAAUCAGAUACUAAAGUGAAUGAUAGUAUUUGGCACACUGUAGUUAUUCAGAGGAAUUUCAGGAAGACAACACUAAUAGUAGACAAAGAGAUCAAAACAGUUGAAGUGAAGUCAAAGAGACGAGACAUGACAGUUUUUAGCAAAUUGUACAUUGGUGGAAUUCCACCAGAAUUUCAUUCAUCAGUGCUAUCAUUAACAUCAACAUCAGUAGGAAGUCAAGAACCAUUCCAGGGAUUAAUAACUGACCUCAAGGUUGGAAAUGGGACUACAACACUUAUUGAUGGUCAAGGAAUCAAGAUGGAUGAAAACUAUCUUUGCACAAAUCAUAGUCUAUGCUUAAAUGGAGGAACCUGCUCUGUUGUACAAGAGAAGGCAAUUUGUGAUUGUUCCCACACUGGAUUUCAAGGAAAAGACUGCAGUGAAGGAGUUAUCUCUAGCAACAUCUACAGGACUGGAAGAGAAGAAUAUGUUGCAACAUUUAAAGGAUCAGAAUAUUUCUGCUAUGACUUGUCACAGAACCCAAUCCAGAGUAGCAGCGAUGAAAUAACAUUAUCAUUCAGAACUCUUCAAAGGAAUGGUCUCAUGCUUCAUACAGGGAAAUCUGCAGAUUAUGUAAAUCUGGCUUUGAAAGAUGGUGCUGUCUCACUGGUCAUUAAUUUGGGGUCAGGAGCCUUUGAAGCUUUGGUGGAACCUGUGAAUGGAAAAUUUAAUGACAAUGCCUGGCAUGAUGUGAAAGUAACCCGGAACCUCCGUCAGGUAACAAUCUCAGUAGAUGGAAUACUGACAACAACGGGCUACACACAGGAGGAUUACACCAUGCUAGGCUCUGAUGACUUUUUCUAUGUCGGGGGCAGUCCUAGCACAGCUGACCUUCCAGGUUCACCAGUCAGCAAUAAUUUUAUGGGUUGCCUAAAGGAGGUUGUUUACAAAAACAAUGAUGUCCGAUUGGAAUUAUCACGGCUUGCCAAGCAAGGAGAUCGCAAGAUGAAGAUUCACGGAAUGGUGGCCUUCAAAUGUGAGAACGUUGCAACAUUAGAUCCAAUCACAUUUGAGACCCCUGAAUCUUUUAUUUCACUACCAAAGUGGAAUGCUAAAAAGACGGGCUCUAUUUCAUUUGACUUUCGCACCACUGAACCAAAUGGACUGAUUCUUUUUAGUCAUGGUAAACCACGACACCAAAAAGAUGCCAAAAAUCCCCGAAUAGUGAAAGUCGACUUCUUUGCUAUUGAAAUGCUUGAUGGACACUUGUACCUUCUGCUAGACAUGGGAUCUGGUGCUAUUAAAACAAAAGCCACUCAAAGGAAGGUAAAUGAUGGAGAGUGGUAUCACGUGGAUUUUCAGAGAGAUGGACGAUCAGGUACUAUCACCAUUAACAGCAAGCGUUCACCAUAUAUGGCACAUGGGGAGAGUGAAAUUCUGGACCUGGAUGAUGACUUAUAUUUGGGUGGACUACCUGAGAACAAAGCAGCUCUUAUUUUCCCAACAGAAGUGUGGACAGCUCUUCUUAACUACGGAUAUGUAGGAUGUAUCAGGGACUUGUUCAUCGAUGGUCAAAGCAAAGAUAUACGGAGAAUGGCUGAAAUCCAAAAUGUGGCUGGAGUUAAACCUACGUGUGCAAAGGAAGGUCCAAAGCAGUGCCUUAGUGAUCCAUGCCGAAACAAUGGUGUUUGUAGAGAAGGCUGGAACAGGUACAUUUGUGAUUGCUCUGGAACUGGAUUUCUUGGCAAAUCUUGUGAGAGAGAAGCAACAAUACUGAGCUAUGAUGGAAGCAAGUUUAUGAAAAUCCAGCUACCUGUUGUAAUGCACACGGAAGCAGAGGAUGUAUCAUUGCGGUUUAUGUCCCAACGAGCGUACGGAAUCUUGAUGGCAACCACUUCCCGAGAUUCAGCAGAUACUCUGAGACUGGAACUUGAUGGUGGUCGUGUCAAACUAACUGUCAACCUAGGCAAGGGUCCAGAAAUGCUUUUUGCUGGACAAAAUCUCAAUGACAAUGAGUGGCACACUGUUCGUGUGAGUCGUCGAGGAAAAUCCCUGAAGCUAAUAGUGGAUGAACUACAGCCUAUUGAAGAUCAAAUGACAGGAGAUCAUACUCGUCUCGAAUUCCACAACAUUGAAACAGGCAUAGUGACGGAGAGACGAUACAUGUCAAACGUCCCUUCAAAUUUCAUUGGCCAUUUACAGAGUCUUAUGUUCAAUGGCAUGCCUUACAUUGACUUGUGCAAAAAUGGUGAUAUUGACUACUGUGAGCUCAAUGCUAGAUUUGGUUUAAAAAAUAUUAUUGCUGAUCCUGUGACCUUCAAGACAAAAUCCAGCUAUGUAGCACUGUCCACAUUGCAAGCCUACACCUCCAUGCAUCUGUUCUUCCAAUUCAAGACGACAUCAGCUGAUGGACUGAUACUGUUCAACAGUGGAGAUGGCAAUGAUUUCAUUGUGAUUGAACUUGUUAAAGGGUACUUACACUAUGUAUUCGAUUUAGGUACUGGCCCUUCCCUCAUUAAAGGUAACUCAGACAAACCACUGAACGACAAUAAAUGGCACAAUGUGCUGAUUUCACGGGACAUGAACAACUUGCACACUGUGAAGAUUAACUCCAAACUCAUCACACAAAACACAGUCGGAGCCAGAAAUCUCGAUCUGAAAGGAGACUUGUAUAUUGGAGGAAUUGCCAAAGACAUGUACAAAACCUUACCGAAGCUGGUGGCAUCGAGGGAGGGAUUUCAAGGUUGUUUGGCUUCAGUGGACCUGAAUGGAAGACUACCAGACCUAAUUUCUGAUGCUUUGUACUGCAAUGGCCAGAUUGAGCGGGACUGUGAAGGUAUCCCUCAUUCUCUCCCUCGAGAGCAAAAUCAAUCACCAUCAUUCUAUAAAGAAUCCAGCAUAUUUCUUAUUAUUUCAAUAUCUUUUGCAACAUUGUUUUAUUUUUCCAUAUUAUCCUGUUACAUUUAAUCUUGAGAGUGCUGAUAUUUUCCCACAGGAAUGCCUCAGCUCACUGAAUACUUUUCAGCUAAAAUCAAGUUACUGAAACUAUUUAAACAUUAGGUGACAGAAAAUAAUGGAUCGGUUUUGUAGACAGUGUUUGAUUUUAUUUUGUUCUCCUUGGCAUUUUCACUGCCUCGAUACCAUGUUUUCAGAAUAUAUAAAUCAUUAUGUAUUAGAAAUUACUAAGAGGUGUUAUUUCCUAUUAAUUGACAUAUGCG